AUGACGAAGAAUAACUUGGCUGUUCAUCUUAAAUGGCUGCUAAAUCGAGGACCAUCCUUGUACCCGUCUUUGGCUCCGGACACCCACCCGCGUGUUGAAGAUCGCGUGUCGCAGCAACCCACGCCGCCCGCCGACGAGCUAGGCCUCCUUGAUGACGAUCUUCUGGACGACGUCGACGAUGUAACUACGGACGAAACAAUGGCACGACUGCUCUUUGCUCCCGAGUCUGCCAGCAAACCUCGCAUGCUCAGCCGCCCCGACUCUCUCCCACAGAAGACACCGUCAACAUCCAGAAAAAAGUCUCCACCGAAACAGACCAGUGCCGUCCAAGGAAGCAAACAUGAGCCGCCAUCCUCGUCCUACAAGAAAAGCCGUUCUAAAGCGACACCUCUUCGGUCAGAGCCUGAAUUUGGUGGAGACUCGCCAUUUGGCCCCGUCGAGUCAAUUGACUUGACGGGAGAUGUUGAGCGGGCUUUGGCCAAAACCGAGUUUGGAGAACCUCGUCGACUAUGGACCGAGGAGGCCGUAUCACGCGCGACGCCUGUCGAGAAACGAGGAAAGAAACGGAAGAGCGACGAGUACAAGUCAGAUCUCUUAUCGCCAUCAAAGCACGCGUCGAAAGUGCGGACACCCUCGAAGGCGGACAGAGCGCCACACUCCAACGGCUAUUCCCCGUCAGUCUCCCGUACAGCUGGCAAAACCAGUUCUUCCAGUACAGUGGAAGCACCUCAGACGGGCUCUCCUGCUCCUCCACGAAGCCAUAGAAAGCGGGAGAUUGCGGAUUCUGACGAUGAGGAUGAUCCAUUCGACAGUUGGAUUGAUGGUAUCGACGAAGACGAUGAGAUGAUGGCGGAUGCCAUAUCAUACCCAAAACUUCCAGAGGUUAUCCCAACCGGCAAUGGGGCACCCAACGGACCUUCGGCAAGUGCAUUGCCUGGAGACACAUCCCGCAAACCACUGCCACGCCCACACUCGUCAGACCAGGUAAAGACAAUUGUGGUCGCCAAAGACUCUAGCGCUCCGCAACCAACCCCGUGGCCGAAGCAGUCAAGCUCUCAAGAGAAACCCGAGGAUCUUGUAAGGUUCUUGGCUCUUCCGCCGGACUCCCUCGUGCAAUCCCUUACGCAGGGGAAGAAUACUCUGCAAAAGAAUGCCGAGGUCGUUUACCAGCAGGCAAUGGAAGGCCGACCUGCCCCGGAACUCAUUGCCGAGAACAAAACGCUGGUUACCCAGAUUCAGGCCAUUGAAUGUUUACAAACAGAACGAGAUGCGCACAAUGACUGCAUAUCUCGCAGGGAGGGCCUCAAGCGAACGCUCAUGACCGCCAUCUCUCAAGGCCUUGACCCAACAACUAUGCCAGAGCAGCUUGCAUCAAGUCGAGCGGUUGAGACAGAACUCGAGCAGAUCGAGACAAGGAUCUGUAGUCUUCUUCCCCAGGCCAAUUUGUUCGAGUCCAUAACGGGCUCGCGGGUUACAUACUCUGACUCGCCGUUGCAAAGUUCUCACAAGGAGCCCACUCGACCAGUGAGUUGUGUUCCAGACACAAGUUUCAGUCGACCCUCGCAACCGGCCUCUUCAUCACGGACCACUUUCAAACCGUCGACACCCCGUAAGAGCCAGUCAUCCUUCAUGCAAGCCAAAGAGACAAACGUGGAUACCAGCCUGUUCGACUAUGACAAUGGCUGCAUAUCUCGAAACAUGGGAUCCCCACCGCUCGAUAACAUGGACCUUGACGAAUUCGAUUGGGAUGCUGGUGACGACGACAUACUUGAAGCAGCAGCCAGCUUUGAGGACCACUCCGCGCCAGUCCGCGAACGAGAAUCCCAACCCCGCAAAGUCUUUGCAGAAACGUCUGGCAAUACCCCGCGGGCGCCAACGGUCAAGAAGUCCCCCGGCCGCAGCGCCUUUUGGUCUAACCACCAAUGGUCUCACGAAGUGCGGACGGUCCUCAAGGACCGAUUCCACCUCCGAGGGUUCCGUCCAAAUCAGCUCGAAGCGGUGGAUGCAACUCUUGCUGGCAAAGACACAUUCGUCUUGAUGCCCACUGGUGGCGGAAAGUCCCUGUGCUAUCAACUUCCUGCUGUUGUCACCAGUGGCCGCACGACGGGAGUAACCAUUGUCAUCUCCCCACUUCUCAGUUUGAUGCAGGACCAAGUGUCCCACUUGCACAAAUUGAACAUCAACGCUUUCUUGAUCAAUGGAGAGUCGGAUAAGAAUGAACGCCAGUGGAUCAUCAGCCAACUUUCCAAUGAAGGGGGUGACGGUAUGGAGUUACUUUAUAUAACGCCGGAGAUGAUCAACAAAAGCACGGUCUUGGUGAGAGCACUGGAGAAGCUUCACCGCAGGCAGAAACUCGCACGCAUUGUCAUCGAUGAAGCCCACUGUGUUAGUCAAUGGGGCCAUGACUUCCGACCCGAUUACAAAGAGCUUGGAGAAAUUCGCGCCAAAUUCCCAGGUGUUCCAGUUAUGGCCUUGACUGCAACCGCCACGGAGAAUGUGAAGGUGGACGUCAUACACAACCUCCAGAUGACUGGGUGCGAGGUGUUUUUGCAGAGCUUCAACCGCCCGAACUUGACCUACGAGGUGCGGGCCAAGGGGAAGAACGACGCGACGCUCGCCAGCAUUGCAGAAACCAUUACGAGAUCUUAUCGAAAUCAGUGCGGCAUCAUUUACUGUCUCUCACGGAUGACUUGCGAAAAAGUUGCCAAAGAUCUGAAUGACAACUACAAGAUCAAGGCCAAGCAUUACCACGCAGCAAUGAAACCCGACGAAAAAGCGAGAGUGCAGAAUGAAUGGCAGAUGGGCAGGUGUCAUGUUAUUGUCGCAACCAUUGCUUUUGGGAUGGGAAUUGACAAGCCGGAUGUUCGAUUCGUCGUCCACCACAGCAUUCCGAAGAGUUUAGAAGGGUACUACCAGGAAACCGGUCGUGCCGGCAGAGAUGGGAAGCGCUCAGGCUGCUACCUCUACUAUAGCUACGGAGACACGGCCACGCUCAAGCGCAUGAUCGAUGAUGGAGACGGCAGUUUCGAGCAGAAAGCACGUCAGAAACACAUGCUUCGGAAUGUUGUUCAGUUUUGUGAGAAUCGCAGUGACUGUCGACGAGUUCAGGUCCUGGCCUAUUUCAAUGAAUACUUCCGUCGAGAAGACUGUGGCUCCUCUUGUGACAAUUGCAAGUCUGACUUGGUGUUUGAGGUUCAAGAUUUCUCCCAGCACGCAUCCUCGGCUAUUAAAAUUGUGCGGCACUUCCAGGAAGAAUUGGCAGAAAGGGUUACAAUGCUUUACUGUGUCGAUCUACUUCGAGGAGAGCUGAAGAGGGCCAAAAACGCAUCACACAAGCAGAUCCCAUGGUAUGGAAAUGGCUCUGAUCUGGACCGGGGUGAAGCAGAACGACUCUUUUACCGCUUGCUCGGCGAAGAUGCGCUCGCUGAAGAAAAUGUCAUGAACGGGAAAGGUUUUGCCACUCAAUAUGUCAGGCUCGGACGACGGGCUGCAGAUUUCGAGUCUGGUCGGCGUCAGAUGAAAUUACAGGUUCGCGUCUCUCCGAAUGGCAAGACCAAGGCGGCUCGGCCAGCGCAGAAGCCGGCGACUGCCAAAAGUACCCAAGGCUAUCCGCAGUCGACAAUGGUUUCUUCGCCCAUUCAGUCGGCAAAUGAUCGCCGCGCCGCCCGCUUCAAGAAACCCACUGUGCAAGCGGACCAUUAUUCAGAGGAUGACGAGAGUGAUGGAUUCGAGCCGCUUCGAGUCGCUGGGAAACCGAGUGCACAGAAAACCCGCGAAUUAGGGCCUCCGAUUACCAGAGACCAAAAGAUGGAUCAGCUGGACCACCUUCACCGAGCUGUCGCUGAGGAUUUUGAGGUGACUGCCAAGCGGUACCUACAAGAUAUCGUCGUUGAAAAGGGUCUACGCUGCCAGCCGUUCCCUGACCAUUUGCUGCGCGAGAUGGCCAUAUCAUUCCCCAAAGAUCUGUCGGAGCUAUCUGCCCUCCCAGGCAUCGACCAAGACAAGGUGAAGCGCUAUGGACACAAGAUGCUCAGAUUGGUGGAGAAUGCCAAACGGCGGUACCACGAAUUGAAACAAGAAGAGGAGACCAAUGGCAUCGUUCCGGAUCCGAACCAUCACAACGUUAUCAAUCUCAGUAGCAGCGACGAAUACAGCGACGAUGAUCUUUUUGGGGAUGACCCCUCGGCUUUCGAUCUGGAUACCCCUGUGAACAAUAAUACCACCGGCGACAUCACCAGUCGCUAUUUCCCCCUCCGCCGUCUCCAGGCUACGACUCGGGUGGUGAUGUUGAUCCUGGUUCCACAGUUUCUGGUGGUGCUCGGUCUCGCAAACGUCAGCCCAGCAAGCGGCCGACACGACGGAAGAAUGGCUCGUCGGGUGGCUGGAAGGCAAAGGCUCCAAAAUCCAGAGCCAAGACUGGUGAUCGUGCCCCGAGAGGCAGCUCUGCGCCCCGAAAGACAACGGCCAAAUCCAAGACACCAAAGUCCACCAUUGCCAUGA